AUGACUCCACUUUACUUUCGCUCAUUUGUUCUCAGUGCCUGCGCUCUUCUCAUCUUCUUUUUCCUAGCAGCAACCCCACAUUCCAACAUUGUCCGCCAGUCUACAUCGACAUUCGCAAAAACCCGCGAAUGGAUCAGAAACGACCAGAGAGAACGACUCGCCUAUGCCACAUUUCUUACCGGUACCCAGGCCAAUCUGGACAACAUAACCGCGACAGAAAGUACUUUGCGAGACGACAAGUACUUCACUGCCGCACGACUACUGGGCUACCAUCUGAUGCAUAAACCUGCCACGCGCACACGUAUAAACAUACCCUUCAUCGUCAUGGUAACUAGUAGCGUGCCUACUGUUGAAGUCGACCGACUUAGAAAAGAUGGGGCGAUCAUUGUAGUCGUGGACUCGCAGCCAACGGGCGAAUGGUUCCACCCCAACACGGCGAGAUGGAACGACGUGAUGACGAAACUCCGACUUUGGCAGCUCGAAAAUUAUGACCGCGUUGUAUUUUUGGAUGUCGACAGCGCUUUGACGGGGUCGUUGGAUGGUGUGUUUGAUGAUGCGGGGGCUAAGCUGGUUUCUACGGUGCCGAACCCGCAAAGCCCGCUCGAUGUUGAAACGGAGAGUGCUAUCCCAGAGAUGUUUCUCAUGGCAAGUGCACCUGAAACCAAACGCCACCACGAAUUCCCUCCAAUCCGCAAGGAUUACAUACAUGGCCCUGAUUACUUCAAUGCUGGGUUUUUCAUCUUUUCGCCUUCGCAUAUGCUCCAUGCGCACUAUACGUCUCUCACAUCCAACAUUACAACCCCCAAGUUCAAGACUGGAUGCCCUGAGCAGAAUCUACUCAACUAUGCACAUCGGCGCAACGGACCAAUGCCUUGGACCAACCUAGACCCCAAAUGGAAUAUUAUAUUGGCGAAUAAAAACGAUGUGGAGAAGGGUGCAGUGAGCAUGCAUUUGAAGUGGUGGGAAGCAAAGGGCUUGUCGCAGUGGUUUGAUCGGGAGAUUGCCGAGAUGGAAGGAUACUACUUCGCGAUGGAUGAGAGAGAAUAG